AUGGCAAACGUUCUGAAAAAUACCACUGCAUCGGAGUUUAUUACAAAGAUUACAAAGAUGUAUCUCAACGAACAAUUAGCCGACGUUCAUUUCGUAUUCGAAUUCGAUGAUGAUGUCCAAAAAGUGCCAGCACAUAAAUUAAUAUUGGCAACUCUAAGCCCGGUAUUCCAUACGAUGUUCUACGGAUCGUUGAAGGAACGAAACGAAGUUAAAAUUGAAGAUGCAGACGUCGAUGCAUUCAAGGAGUUUCUCCAGUUUUUCUAUCUGGGCGAAGUGACGCUUAACAUGGAGAAUAUUGAGACCAUUGUUCGUUUGGCCGACAAAUACGAUGUUCUCGAAUAUGUGAAUGCUGGUGCCGUAUUUCUCAAAACUCAACUGAAACUGGACAACAUGUGCUGGGGCUAUCAGUUGGCUAUGAAUGUCAAAAAUGAUGAGCUGAUCGAGUUCUGUGAGGAUAAAAUUGCCAGAUCGCCGAAGAAAAUCUUUGCUACCGAUACAUUUCAACGUUGUGACAAAAGUACUCUGCAGAGCAUUCUGGAAUUGGGCUUGAGAUGCAAGGAAACCAACGUAUUUGAAGCCUGUUUGACGUGGGCCAAACACGCGUGUGAAAAAGAUGACUUGGAUGGAGCAAAAGCGGCGAAUUUGAGAUCUCAACUCGGCGAUUGUUUACAGUCAAUUCAAUUUGGGUUGAUGACAAUUGAGGAGUUUUCCGCUAUUGAAAUGUCAAACAAUGGAUUCUUCACUCCGGAUGAAUUAAUGGAUAUAACGCUUAAUUUAACAGUGAAAGGAUAUGAACCGAAAAUAUUCAAACAAAAUCCUCGAGUUUAUAAAUGGAAUAAAAAUGACAUUUUGAAGUGUGAUCGACAAUUUUUGGACCGCUCAUCAACCAGUCUGAAGAGAUCAGAAGUCGUCUGGUUUACAUCAAAUCAAACACUACUAUUGGGAGAAAUUCAUUCUACUUCAACAAUAGGUAUAAGUAGUUAUCCAUUAAUGAAACAAUUCAAUGCUGUAAACGUAACAAUCGCAGAAAUAAGCAGCGAUUCUUCAAAAAAAGUUUUGUAUGAGGGUUCAUCAAGGACAUGGGAACCAACUAAUCAUCAUGAUAGACUGAAAGUGGUGUUAACGCACCCGGUUAUGAUCAAACCGCAGAUUAUGUAUGAAAUUAGUUUCGCAGUGCUCGUGGGAGUUGGUUCUAUGAGUUAUUACGGUGGAUGGAAGCCAACGGUUGAAUUUUCAGGCGGACUUAAAAUUCAAUUUCAUCGAAAUCCAUCUCUUACGAACUAUGAUACGUCUUCAUCUGGUUGGAUUCAAUCAUUGAGCUUCAACAGAUUUUAA